AUGGGCCAGGAAUUUGUGCUUCAAAAGGGAUAUGAGGUUAUAAAAGGCCUUGGAAAAGGUUCAUACGGUGUUGUUUGCUCUGCAAAGAAUAUAGAGAAUGAUGAUAAUAACAAAGUGGCUAUCAAAAAAAUAACAAAUAUAUUUUCUAAAAAAAUGGUUGCAAAAAGAGCUUUACGUGAAAUCAUGCUUCUUCAGCAUUUUAGAAAUCAUAAAAAUAUAACUAUGCUUUAUGAUAUGGAUAUAGUAGAUCCCAGCAAAUUUAAUGAGCUUUAUCUAUAUGAAGAGCUUAUGCAAGCUAAUUUGAACAGUAUUAUAAAAUCAGAUCAACCAUUGACAGAUGCACAUUUUCAAUCGUUUAUAUACCAGAUUCUAUGUGGUUUAAAAUAUAUUCAUUCAGCCAAUGUUCUUCACCGUGAUUUAAAGCCUAGUAAUCUUUUAAUUAAUGCAGAUUGUAAGCUAAAAAUAUGUGAUUUUGGUUUAUCUAGAGGUAUGUCUGUAAACCAGGGACAAGGUACUGAAUAUAUGACUGAAUAUGUUACUACAAGAUGGUAUCGAGCACCAGAAGUUAUGCUUAGUUUUCAAAGUUAUAGCAAAGCUAUUGAUCUUUGGUCCGUUGGAUGUAUUUUGGCAGAGCUUCUAGGAAGAAAACCUUUCUUUAAAGGAAGUAAUUAUGUUGAUCAACUAAAUCAAAUUUUUUGCAUUCUUGGUACACCAAAUGAAAAUAUUAUAUCUAAAAUAAAGAGCGCUUCUGCUCAAAACUAUAUUAGAAGUUUACCUACUAUACCAAAAAUGCCAUAUUCAAAAAUAUUUCCAUAUGCUAAUCCAGAUGCAUUGGAUCUUCUCAAUUGUUUACUUACGUUUGAUCCAUGUGAUCGUAUUUCAUGUGAAGAGGCAUUAGAACACCCUUAUCUUAUUAUUUGGCAUGAUCCAAAAAAAGAACCUGUUUGUUCUGAACAGUUUGAUUUUGGAUUUGAAGCAAUAGACAGUAUUGAAGAAAUAAAACAAAUGAUUAUAGACGAAGUUUUAAGAUUUAAAGGAUUAACUAGAAACCAAAAUUUGUAUCAUUCUAUAUCUCAUACUUAA